UGUGAAUGAACCGAACUAGCACUAGGAUUGUUGUUGACGAACUUGUUGAAUGUCUCGGGCGAACAAUGUAGGAGAGAAUGUUGUAUAAGAGCCUUUACUUUAAACUUAGUUUUUCUGUCAACGAGAAUACAAUAAUAUUAUAUUGAGUUUGAUAUUGAGGUUCAUAACCAAAUUGUUACGUCUCUCUUGAAUUAGAUUUGGUUUCUUUCAGAAGUAAGUAUCGUUACUUUUUAAAGGUAGGCCAUAAAGUUAAAUUUCGAUAGUAUAUCAAUAUAAAUGGAUUGCCCUUACUAAGGCUUCUAAGCUAAACUGAAUGAACUGAAGUUGGAUAUUAUCAACAACAAACAUGCAGUCUGGUGGAGAAAUUGGUGGUCAACCAGAACCAUGCUGGAAACGUCCCGAAGGACCAUUAAACGUAUGGAAAGUUGUGGAGGCGGACGAUGGAACUGGCAAUAAAGUUCGGGUUUCCAUUCAAGAUGUGCCAAAUGAUCCGGCUAAACGAGAAGAAGUGAUCCAGCUGAUGUUAGAUCACUAUCUUGCAGACGAAGCAAUAUCUUCUUACAUGAACGAAAAAAGUGACCCGUUGGCCGAAAAAGAUUUGCGUGUGAUUUGGACCUAUUGCAUGAGUCAUGGUAUAACCGUGGGUGCGUACAAACUUGGAGAAUCAGGUCAAUUGUUGGAGCUCCUUGGGGUCAGUGUACUGUACGUUUGUACACCAGAGACAAAUGAAGAGGUUGGCAAUAUAGUCGAGCGGUUACAGUCACCGAACCAAUCGAAAAUGAGUCGUGUAGUGGGGGACCUCUGGGAAAGAUCAGACGAGGAAUUUAACAAGGUGUUUGGUGAAGAGCCGCACAUCGCCGGAUGGGGCAUGGUCGUGGCCAAACAGUUUCGAGGACAAAAGCUCGGUGUUGAACUUCUUGAAGCACGGAAGAAAAUCGGUCAAAAGUACAAAAUUCCUGCAACACGUUCAGUAUUUACGUCGGCCAUCUCACAAUCUACUGCCCGACGAGCUGGGUUUGUUUCAGUGUUUGAAAUUGACUAUGAGAAGAUAGUAAAUGAUGCUGGUGUUCCUGAAUUUCCAGGAUUCAAGGAGAAAACUUUAAAAAUAAUGGCAAGAAGGUGUUAAUAUCCUUGUUGGUUCAUAGUUUGUCUUCGGAUUUUUCUCCUAUUAUUUCUACUUAACAUAACCAUCUAUAGUUACGGUGUUGAUGCUUUUGUUGGUUAGAGUUAAGAUGUGACCGUUUUUUGGUAGAAUUGGUCAAAACCCGUUUUUUUAUGGUCAAGUACCGUUUUUGAAGACACGAAAAGUAGAGGAUUCCAAGAUGAGGGUAGCAAAUUGAAGUAAACGUUUUGGAAUAUCAUAACAUGAGUAUACAGCCCGACAAAAGAAAAUGGUUGUAGAAAAAUAUUUACUUGUAUACAUGAAACAUUUACUGGACUGUGUGACAUGUUUUUUAUUUAUAAAAAGAUUCCCCAAGAAAAUAAUAUUAAAAUGGAGGCAUGAAUAAGUUAUAUUUAUUUAAUAAUAUAAUUUUCACAAGUUAUAAAUUAAUAAAUAAACGUGGCGCUCUCUGAACUCAAGUACAUGAAACAGUUAUAGGCUACAUUUUAAUUUCCUGCCAUUUUUAUGUGGGCCUUAUUUAUAAACUGCCUAAAUGUCAUACUAAAUGCCUGAAGUUGUUUAUGUAGGGAUGAAAACAAGUUUCUUAUUUUAUGUGUUAAAAGAAGUUAUCCAAACGGUUAACUUAAAACGAAAAAAUGAAUAAAAAUCGAUUGCACUAUCUGCAAUGUAUGCAGUUUUCAUCUUGGGAAACAUUUUUAAUACUAUUUAUUUUUUAGUUCAACAUGUAUGCAAUCCUUUUACGUUUUAAUUUUAAUACUUAGAAUCUAUUUAUACUAAAGUAAUUUAUAAUAAUUAAUUACAUAUAUACUUAUUUGAUUGUACAUACAUUACAGCAUUGGACCUUGAUAAAGGACAUUUCAAUUGCACGUUUUUAUGUAAAUAUACAUUAAAUCGUUUUGUUAUAA